AUGACGAUUCCUCCUACAGAAACAACCACCACGGGGACAACCCCUCACCACCUCCCCUCCCAAAUCCAAAAACCCCCCCUCCACACCCUCCUCUCAACCCACGACUUCGCCCACGCCGCGUCCCUCACCUUCCCUCCCAAAACCCACGCCUUCGUCACCUCCGCCGCCACCGGCCUCGUCACGCACCGCUCCAACUCCGCCACCUACAGCCUCAUAACCCUCCGCCCUCGUAUCCUGCGCGACGUCUCCCGCGUCUCCAUCCGCACUUCGAUCCUCGGGUCACCCGUCUCCUCGCCCAUUUUCGCCGCCGCUACUUCUCUCGGAAUAACGGUUCAUCCCGAGGGAGAAAAGGAGAUUGGGAGGGCGUGCAAAAGGUUGGGCGUGGGCAUGACGGUUAGUACUAGUGCUAGUUUUAGUGUUGCAGAAAUAGCAGCUGCGGUGCGAGAGGCUGGGGUUGAGGGGAACGAUGAGGAGGGUGGAGGAGAGAUUCCAUUGUGGUUCCAGCUCUACGUCGACAAAGACCGGACCAAAUCCGAGCAGCUCCUAACACAAGCUUGCGAAGCUGGCGGUGUCAAAGCCGUUUUCUUGACUGUCGACGCGCCUGUGCCCGGGAAACGGGAGGCGGACGAGAGGAUCUCUGCCAGCGAAGCGGUCGGUCUUUUAUCAGGGACAGGAGGAGUGGUGGUGCCGAUGACGGGGGAAAAGGCGGAGAACGACAAGUUUGGCGGCGGGUUGGGGAGGAUCACGGGCAAGUUUCUGGAUGCGAGCGUAAACUGGGAAGAUAUUGCCUGGUUGAGAAGGUGUUUGCCGAGGGAGAGUGGGGUGAAGAUUGUGUUAAAGGGGGUGCAGACGGCGGCGGACGCGGUGAGGGCCAUGGAGGCGGGCGUGGAGGGGAUCGUGGUUUCGAAUCAUGGGGGCAGGAGUCUGGAUACGGCGACGCCGACGAUUUUGGUGCUGUUGGAGCUGCAGAGGUGUUGUCCGCAGGUGUUUGAGAGGAUGGAGGUGUUGAUUGAUGGAGGGGUGAUGCGCGGGACGGAUGUGUUCAAGGCCUUGUGUUUGGGGGCUAGUGGCGUGGGGAUUGGGAGGGGGAUCUUGUAUGGGCUUGGAUAUGGCGAGGAAGGGGUGAGGAGGUAUGUGGAGAUCUUGAAUGAUGAGUUGGAGACGACGAUGAAGAUGUGUGGGAUUACGAGUCUGGAUCAGGUGCAUCCGGGACUGCUUAAUACUAGGGCGGUUGAUCACCUGGUGCCGGAGACGGUUGAGGAGGAACAUCCGUAUGCAAAGUGGAGGCCUUCGAUGAGGAAGAAGGUAACGUAA